AUGUCUGCCAAAGGAAAAGGGAAGGUAAACCUAAGACCAUCAAAAGCUCAAAGAACUGAAUUUGAUGACAAACCACUAUGGAAUCAUGUGAAAGUUCUUAGCCUACCAACACGUGGAGGUGGAAAUAAAAAUUGGUAUUGCAAUUAUUGCAAGAAAAAGGUUAUAGGAUCAUAUUCAAAAGUCAAGGGUCAUUUAUUGAAGAUUCCUAAUCAAGGGGUUGAAGCUUGCAAGUCCAUAAGCAAUGAUGUAUUUGAAGCACUAAAGAAGGAACAUGUGCAAUCUGAAAGCAAAAGGGCACAACAGGAACUGAAUGUGAGAAAGAAGGAAGAGUAUUUAUCAUUGCCUGAAGGAUCAGAUUUAUUGCAAUGCAAAAAAAGAAAGGGAUUAGCUCCAGGAGCUCUAGAAAAUUCAUUUAAUGUAGCACAAAGAGAUGAAGCAGAUAAACAGGCUGCCCGCAUGUUCUACGCAUGUGCCUUAUCCUUUAACUUCGCAAUGUGCCCUCACUUCAGAAAAUUUUCACUCACAUUAGCCAAUAGCAAGUUAUCUGGCUAUACACCUCCAACAUUCGACAGAUUACGAACAACAUUGCUGGCCCAAGAGGAGGCACAUAUUAAUCGAAAGCUCCAACCGAUAAAAGAUAGCUGGAAAAAGAAAGGCAUGUCCCUUUGUUCAGAUGGGUGGUCAGAUAGACAAAGGAGACCACUAAUAAAUGUAAUGGCUGCAUCAGUAGGUGGUGCUAUGUUCUUGAAGGCAGUUGAUGCAAGUGGCAACAUAAAAGAUGCUGAGUAUGUAGCAAAUUUGUUUAUACCAGUGAUCAAAGAUGUGGGAGAACACAAUGUUGUUCAGAUCAUUACUGAUAAUGGGAGUAACUUUAAGGGUGUUGGGGGUAUAAUUGAGAAUACAUAUCCUCACAUCUUUUGGACUCCAUGUGUUGUGCAUUGCCUAAAUUUGGCACUAAAAAGCAUUUGUGAACCAUCUGAAACCUCACCUCAAUAUACUCAUUGUAAAUGGAUUAUUGAUUUGGUGAGUAGUGUUCAAAAUAUAAGAAAUUUCAUUGUUAACCAUGGCAUGGUACUCUUAAUUUUCAAUACUUACUCGGAAUUGGGUUUACUAAGGGUAGCGGAAACAAGAUUUGCAUCAAGCAUAAUCAUGGCAAAACGUUUGAAAGAAGUGAAGGAUGCACUUGAGAAAAUGGUGAUGGAUCCAACUUAA